AUGUCUGGUGCAGAUGUUGGCAUUGCCUUUCUCUCUGCCUUCCUUCAGGUGGCUUUUGACCGGUUGGCUUCUGGAGAAACCCUUCGCUACUUCCCAAAGAGCGGAUUGAAUAAGACUCUGGUGAAGAAGUUGGAGAUCAUGCUGAUAUCCAUCAGUAGUGUCAUUGAUGAUGCUGAGUAUAAGCAGUUCAGUGAUCGAAAUGUGAGGACCUGGCUUUUUGAGCUCAAAGAUGCUGUGUACGAUGCUGAGGAUGUCUUGGAUGAGAUUAACUAUGAAGUCCACAAACGCAAGUUGGAAGCCGAAGCGGAAACUCAAACUAGUGUUACUAGCAAGGUACGAAAAUUCUUCUCUGCUUCUGAUACUAUGUUUGACCAGGAAAUCGAAUCGAGGAUGAAACAAAUCCUUGAAAACCUUGAAUUUCUCGAGAGCAGAAAGAUUGGUCUGCAUUUGAAACAAUUUAACAAAGGUGGAGCUGAUGGAUUUGAGAGAAAGUGGCAGACUGAGACAACUUCUUUAGUGGAUGAAGCUGGAAUAUAUGGCAGGAAUGAGGACAAAGAAAUUAUAUUUCAAAGGUUGAAAAACGACAGCCACUUUUCUGUCAUUCCUAUAGUGGGUAUGGGUGGGUUGGGGAAGACCACCCUUGCUCAGCUUGUUUAUAAUGAUGAAAGGGUUAAGAGUGAAUUUGACUAUAGACUUUGGGUAUGUGUUUCAGAUGACUUUGAUGUUUUGAGGUUGUCAAAAAGAAUUUUCAAGAAAGCCACGGAAUCUAAUAAUGACAUAGAAGAUUUAGAUGAAGUUCAAAAUAAGUUGAAGGAUUUCUUCUCUAAAAAAAAGUUCCUCAUUAUUCUUGAUGAUGCUUGGUGUGAUGAUUGCAUAUCGUGGGAAAAUUUUUUAGCACCUUUCAUAUGUGGGGUUGCGGGAAGCAGAAUUCUUGUCACUUCACGCAAUGAGAAUGUCGUGUUAGCAGCUGGCUCUAAUGAAGAACAUCACCUAAAGCUAUUGUCACAUGAAGAUGGUUGGCUAUUAUUUAAAAAAUAUGCAAUUCGCAACUGUUGUCCACCAAAGAAUUUUGAUCAUGAAGAAAUUGGAAGAAAGAUUGUUAAAAAGUGUAAAGGUUUGCCUUUGGCCUUGAAAACAAUUGGGAGUCUCUUGUACAGGAAAUCAUCUUGGGAGGAAUGGAACAACAUUUUGGGAAGUGAGAUAUGGGAGAUUUCUUAUAAUAAUAUUCUUCCCGCUGUGAUAUUGAGCUAUCAUUAUCUCCCUUCUCAGCUAAAGCAAUGCUUUGCUUAUUGUUCAUUGUUCCCGAAGGAUUAUGAAUUUCGCAAGGAGGAGCUGAUUCUAUUGUGGAUGGCUCAUAAUUUCUUGCAAGCCUCUCAACCAAAUAAGUCAAUUGAAGAAGUAGGCAAUGAAUACUUCCAAGAGCUUGUGUCAAGAUCUUUUUUUCAGGAGUCGUCUUCUAUAAAUGGAACAUGUUUUGUCAUGCAUGACAUUCUCAAUGAUCUGGCAAUUCAUGUAUCUGGAGAUCUUUGUUUCAAGCAAGAGGCUAAUGGGGUGGUGGAUUUUUCAGAAAAAACCCGUCACUUAUCUGUUUUGUAUCACGAAUAUGGAGAAUACAAAUGGUUUGAGAAUUUGCAAAAAAUGAAAAAAUUACGAACAUUCUUGCCUCUCCCAAAUAGGUGGGGUUUCCUGUGGACCUCGAGCAACCUAAUAUUUGAUGAAUUAUGCAAGUGCAAAUGCUUGCGAGUUUUAUCUCUGGCUUCCAAUGGCACAAUUGAGGAGAUACCUGAUUCUAUAGGAAAUCUCAUACAUCUACGGUGUCUUGAUCUAUCUAACUGUAAAAUUAAGAGGCUCCCCGAGUCAAUAUGUCUUCUGUAUAACCUACAAACAUUGAAAUUGGUCGACUGCGAACUUUUGGUUGAGUUGCCUGCUGAUUUUCAUAAAUUAAAAAAUUUGCAUCACCUAGAUUUACGAUUCACUAGCUUGAAAAAGAUUCCACCACAUAUGGGAAAGCUGAAAAAUCUUCAAGUUCGCCUGACAUCAUUUGAAGUGGGCAAAUGUAAUGAGCUCAACAUCAAACAAUUAGGCGAACUCAAUCUUCAAGGAGAGCUUUCAAUUCAUGAGUUGCAGAAUGUAGUUCAUGGAACGGAUGCCUUACAAGCCAACUUGAAAGAAAAAAGGUACCUUGAGGAGUUAUGCUUCAGAUGGAAUAAAGACACUAAUGAUGAUUCUCAGAAUGAGAGGGAUGUGCUAGAGAAGCUCCGACCUCACCAAAAUUUGAAGAAACUAUCGGUUGAGUACUAUGGUGGCACAAGGUUUCCAGAUUGGCCUUUUGCCUUCUCUCAAGUCACUACUCAUUGGAAAGUUGGAUGGCAUUGA